AUAUGAUCUGUUCUGAUGUCUCUCUGUGUGUGUCCAUUUGUGUGUUUACAGGGGGGAAAUCACUUUGACCAUUAUGAGGAGGGCCAGCUGGAGUUGGAGCAGGCCUCUCUGGACAAGCCCAUAGAAUCGGAUAACAUCGGUCACCGGCUCCUGCAGAAACAUGGCUGGAAGCUGGGACAAGGCCUGGGCAAGACCUUACAGGGCCGGACGGACCCUGUGCCCAUCACCCUCAAAUAUGAUGUCAUGGGGAUGGGGCGCAUGGAGAUGGAGUUGGAGACUGCGGAGGAUGCCACAGAGAAGCGUAGAGUGCUGGAAAUCGAGAAAGAGGACACAGAGGAGCUGCGGCAGAAGUACAAGGACUAUGCUGAGAAGGAGAAGGCCAUUGCCAAAGCUCUGGAGGACCUGAGAGCUAACUUCUACUGUGAGCUAUGUGACAAACAGUACACUAAACAUCAGGAGUUCGACAACCACAUCAACUCCUAUGACCACGCACACAAACAGAGGCUGAAAGAGCUGAAGCAGAGGGAGUUUGCGCGGAAUGUGUCGUCUCGCUCCCGGAAGGGGGGCAAGAAGCAGGAGAAGAUGCUGCGGCGGCUGCACGAGCUGGCCGAGCAGAGGAAGCAGCAGGACCGGACUCCUGGCAGUGGCCCCAUGUUCAAGGCCACUACAGUGGCUGUGGACGGUGAGAAGGGGGACGACAGCGAAGCCUCCAAUCCAGAUGGCGUCCCCAUGGUGACGGACAGCCCAAGCGAAAGUUCGACCGUCGAGGAGCGAGGAAACCAGGGCUCCCCACGGCCCGGCCCGCCCAUCAGCUUCUCCUUCGGCAAGCGCAGCGGCUCUCCGAGCACCCAGGGGGCGGCGGGGGCGGUGGGGGCGGUGUCGGCGGCGGCGGCGGCGGCGCAGACGCCCAAGGUCAGCGUGUCCUUCUCCUUCGCCAAGAAGGCCCCAGUGAAGCUGGAGACAGUCGCUGCCCUGUUCUCCGACCCGGGGGAGGAGGUGCUAGAGGGGGAGGAAGGCCAGGAGGAGCGCACGGCCAGCGCCGGUGAGAAGCCAGCCGGUGAGACAGAGUUGACCGGGGCAGGAGGUAGCACUGACAGCGUAGCUGCUGGUGAUGCUACAGCAACGCCAGCAGCAGCAGCAGCAGCAGCAGUAGCCACGGCGACAGGCAGUGAAGACCAGUCGGCAGCCGACGACGGCGCCUCACUUGCCUCCACACUUGACAAACUGAAGAUGAUGAUGAAGAAAGAGGAAGGCUAUGCCGGGCAAGAGCCCCAGUACUACCACUAUAUGCCGCCCGCACACUGUCGGGUCAAGCCUCACUUCCAGUUCCUGUUGUUUAUGAAGGCCUCGGACCAGUGCCCGAUCCCCGAGGAAGAGGACGCGGCAGAGGAGAAUGGGAAGAAAGCAGCCCCAGUGGAGAGUGAGCCAACGGUAACAGUAGAAGAAGCAGCAGCACCACCAGCGUCAGACGUGGAAAAAAAAGAUGGAACAGAAGGGAAAGAAGGGACUGGUGACACGCCAGACAAAAGGACCACACGGAUAAAGAGCCCACAGCCCACGACCACCAGCUGCAAACCUGAGAGAGAACCAGAGAGCGAGAUCACAUUGAGCAAGCACACAGAGCCCACUCCUGCCUCCUCCUCACCCAAAGUGAAAACGGAGAAGGGUGAAGAAGGUUCCGUAACCCCCACACCGUCUGCCCCUACCCCUCCUGUGGCACCAGCAGGAGACACUCCCAAUCCCGAGGGCCCUCGGAUACCGACGGGCCCCUUCUUCCCAGUGCUGAGUAAAGACCAGAGCACCACUCUACAGUGGCCCUCGGAGCUGCUGGAGUUCACGCGCGCACAGCCCGCCCUCUCCUACAGCUGCAACCCCCUCUACUUCGACUUCAAGCAGUCCCGCUGCCGGGCCGCCAACAAGAACGCCAAAGCAGUAGGCAGCGGGGAAUCCAAACAGGGCACCGCUGGGGCGGGCAAAGCUGGGACUGGCGGUGAAGGUCAGGACUCAAAGCAGGAUAAUCCAGACAGUGCCCCCUCGACGAGCCAGUCGGACCCGGCGGCGAGGCCGGCAGAACCGGACCAGCCCAGCCUGAAGCCAGAAGGGGGCGAUCAGCAGGUGCAGGACCUGGAGGCCGGAGGGUCCAAGAAGAAGAAGAAGAAAAAGAAGCACAGGAAGAGCAAGCAUUCCAAACGCAAGAACAAAGAGAAGAGCGGGGCGGCGGAGGGCGAAGGAGAGGCCGGGGCGCCGCCAGAGAAGACCAAGAAGAAGAAGAAGAAGCACAAACGAAAGAAGAGUAAAAACAAGAGAUCCGGAGAGGAGGAGGAUGGGGAUGGAGCAAAGGAAAUAGAGAAGGAAAAAGACAAAGAUAAGGACAAGGAGAAAGACAAGGAGAAAGACAAGGAGAAGGACAAGGACAAGGAUAAAGAUAAAGACAAGGAGAAAGAGAAGAAGAAAGAUAAAGAGGAAAAAGGAGCCACUCCUUCCGAGUCUUUGGCAGGGAGUUCCACGGCCACUGAGGCGGGUAAGAGAAAGCGUCCGCUGAAGGAGGGUACGCAACGUUCCACUGGAGAGGAGAGCAAAGCCAGCGUCUCGGAGGAGCACAACGGUAACAAGCGCGCAAAGGUGGAACCUCGUGUUCCCCCGACAUCUUGCUCGGCCUCUGCCCAGCGAGGGGGCUCGGGGCACGGCCGUCCGCCUAGCAGUGAGAGCGAGGAAGAGGGCGGCGGGCUCUCGUCCAAGUCCAAUACUCCGCCGGGCGCCUCCUCCGCUCCCAUGACCCAGAGUCGGCGUCAGCGCAGCGAGGACUCUGCCCGCUCCCGCAGUCGCUCCAGUCGGCACGGUGACCGGCAUGGCCGGCGCCACCAUCACCACCACCGCAGCCAGUCGUGCUUUCGAGGUAGCUCAGGCGGCUCUUCGGCAGCAGCUACUGGUCGCCACAGCCGCUUCUCCGAUGCUUCUGGCGACUACAGCGCCCGGUGAGCUCGCUCAGCCAAGCGCCCGUCGCUCGACUCUGCCGUCGAGUCGGCCCGGGAUCAUCGCUACUCAUCGACGUCCUCGUCAUCUGCCUCGCGCUCCCGCUCCCGCUCUCACGGCCGCGGCAGCAGCAGGCGCCACCGGCGACGCAGCAGCUCCCGAAGCUCCAGCAGUCGCAGUCGCAGCCGAAGCAGCAGCGGCGGCAGGCGCUCGUGGCGCCGCAGCUACAGCCGCAGUUCGGCCUCGCGCUCGUCCCUCUCUAGCCGUGGUUCGCCUGCGCACCGGAGCCUCAGCUCAACUCGCCGCUUCAACCGCACCAGUAUCUACCGCUCGCAAUCGCCGCGAGGCUCCUCCGGACGUGCGGGUGGAGGACGCACCAGUGGCUCGCAGGGCCCACGGACGUCGGGCGGGAGUGAGGGACGGAACUCUCUCACGGCCCGACAGCUGCUGGAGAAGAUCCAGUCCCGCAAGGGCUCGGACGAAAUGGGCUCGGGCUCAAACAAACCUGGCGGCAAAGUCAAGGACCCUCCGCAGGGCUACUUUGGGCCCAAAUUGCCCCCAUCUUUAGGUAGCAAAGGCAUGCUGCCCUUAUUUGGCAAACUGCAGGCAGGUAAGAAGCCAUCUCUGCUUCCCCUGACUCGGCCAGAAGACCCAAACAAGGGCGCUGGGAAGAGCUCCGAGGCAUCAGGGGAGGUCAUCCUGGUGGAACAAAUCAGGGAGUUUCCCCCUCCUCCCCCGCCUCCUGUUCCUCCAGCCCAAAAACAGCAGAAGCAGCAGGAAGAAAAUCCCCCACUGGCAACCAACUCCUCUGAGGAGCCCCAGGCCCACCCUGAGCCUCAGCUGUUUGAGCAGGAGUCCGUUCUUCUGAUUCCACCCUUCCAGGGUGACCAGGCCCCCGACCCAUCGGCCCCAAUCAUGGAGCGCCUGAUGGGACCGCAGCCCACCAUGCACCCUUACUCCGGCGGCUACGUGCCGCCCAGCAUGGAGGAGGAGGAGCUGGGCAUGGAGGCGGAGGAGGACGGCCUGGCGCCGCUGGAGAGCCAGCCGAUCACCUUCACGCCCGAGGAGAUGGAGAAGUACAGCAAGCUGCAGCAGGCCGCCCAGCAGCACAUCCAGCAGCAGCUGCUGGCCAAGCAGGUCAAGACCUUCCCGUCUGCGGCGGCUGCAGCGGCGGCGCAUAACCUUGCGGCCGCCGCGAACCUCCAGCAAGCGCCACCGCCUCCCCCCGCGGCGGCGCUGCAGCAAAUCCACAUCCAGCAGCCGGCCGUAUCGGCCGCCUCGGCCACCUCCAUCACCACGGUGCAGCACGCCAUCUUGCAGCACCACGCGGCGGCCGCCUCCGCUGCCAUGGGCCUCCACCCAGCGCACCAGGCGCACCACCAGCUCCAGGCCCACGCCCAGCUGGCGCAGGUGCACCACAUCCCGCAGCACCACCAUCUGACGCCCAUCUCGCUCUCGCCACUCGCCGGACACUCGCUCGGACACUCUCUGGGCCACCAGCUGAGCCAUGCUGGACUCAUCCCCGCACACCACACCGCCUUCCUGUCGGGACAGCCCAUCCACAUCAUCCCUGCGUCGGCGCUCCACCACACGCCCCUGGCACUCCACCACAUGCCCCACGCCAUUUACCCCACGCUGUUCGCCCCGCGGCACACCUCGGCCUCGGCCGCCCUGCAGCUACAUCCCCUCCUGCACCCCAUCUUCUCCGGCCAGGACCUCCAGCACCCCCCCAACCACGGCUCCUGAGAGGGGGGCGCUCCACUGGAGAACAGACUCCAGCAGGGGAGGAAGGGGAGGAGGAGGACGAGAGGCAAAGAUCCACUUCAUGCCGGCCUCCUCCUGCAGCGUCUGACCUCACCCAGUCAGAGCAGGUGAUGGAGGUGGAAAGGGAGGGAGGGUGACUCCUUCAGGACCGGCUCUCCUUCAGGCUGUUUGGACGAUGUGGCGUGACUCCCCAGCUGAUGUUCCUCCACUGGGGGGUGCUGUCUAUGCAGGACAGAAGCAAUGGGGCUACUGCGGUCCCCAAGACCUGACCUCACCUUAGGGGGGACUAUGGAUGGGCAGAGCUAUGUUGGUGGGCAGGAUAGGGGCUCUCGAUGAGUCCCAAAGGCAAGAUGAGAUAAUGCAGGAAUCCACUGGAGUAUUUUUCUUAUUGUUUACUUCAAAUCCUGCUGUUGACAUUGGUCUCCAGUUUUUUUUUUUUUUUUUUUUUUUUUGCACCCCCCACCCCACCCCACCCCAAGAGAACCUGGUAGGCUAAAGUCAUGAGGUGUUGGGGGAUGGACAUCACGUUAACAGGUUUGUUUUUUGUGUGGCAUAUUGAUAAUAUAUCUUGUCCUAAAAUAAGAUUUCUAAGCUUCAAAAAUAAUAUUACUGUUCUUCUGCCUGUCAGUGGCAUUUUCUCUCUCUCUCUCUCUCUCUCUCUCUCUCUCUCUCUCUCUCUCUCUCUCUCUCUCUCUCUCUCUCUCUCUCUCAACCCCCCAACCCAUGAUGGUCAAAAUCAUGGUCAUGCGCUGAAGCAUGGGGCCAGGCCUCUUCAGCAAAUGCAUUAUGUGGUACUUGAAUUUGUCGAUUCUAAAAUAUUAGUGUAGAGUAUUUAGCUAACAAAAGCCAUUGCUUUUCUUUUCUAAGUCUUAAAAUGUCGUUCUACAGCUGACUGAACAAAGGGUUCACUGUAAGUCCCAAGGUCCUGGCCUAGUACAAAGGACACCCAGGGACACACUGGUUACACUGACUCGAAAUGUUAUGACGUUCUGAAUGUCAGUCAUAAGCAGGAAGUGCCAGACCACUUCCCUCUCAUGCAAGGAAUGAAGUGUGUAGAGGUCUCUUUUGGGUUUGUAGGUCAUUCUCCCACCAAGAUCAGAUUCUUUAACUCUUUAACUUGCACUGAAAUUUACACAUGGAGAUGCUGUUUUUCUGCAUCAUGUAACAAUUGUAAUGAUUGUAGUAUACUGCAAUAAUUUUAUUUUCUAUUCUGAAGUUUUUUUUAUUUUAUUUGAUGUAUCUGAUGUAUCCUAAGAAAAUAGGAUUCCCCUUUCUGGUGUAAUUUAGCUCAUUGUAAAUAAGGUUGCCGUAGUUGAAGUCAAAUGUAAAGUUGUAGAGGUUUGUAAACCCCUGUACAAGAUAAAGAUGAACACAAAAAAGGAAAAAAAAACAAACAAAAAAAACAAGUAAAAGGCAUGGAGGGAUGGGAAGCAAAAGGGGGUAAACGGUGUCCACUUUUGUCUCUGGAGGGGGAAGGUGGUUAUAUGAAAUAUACUCUGUACAGGGCAGUAAUGAAAUCUGCUUUUAUAAUUUCUUAAAUGAGUCAUCAAAAUAAAGAAUUUCCAGUUGA